AUGGAGACCGAUCCCUCUAGCGCAAAGCCCAUCAGGGCUCGGCGGACUCAUCGGAAGUCCCGUCUAGGAUGCAGUAAUUGCAAAAGGCGUCGCAUCAAGUUGUCCACCUCUUCUGUGCUCUUUUAUAGGCUUGUUUCCACGAUGUUGAAGAUCUUGCGCCACCUUUCAUGUUUUUCUCAGGGGCGGUACGACGACCUGGCAUCCGAAACUAACUUGUUCCAGUGCGACGAGAAACGACCAGCCUGUUUCAACUGCUCAAAUCAUUUAAUCGAGUGCACAUAUAACACGUCCCCGCGAUCACCAGAAUCACAAUCGCCAGGACUCUCCGAGCCUUCUUCUGAGCAAUCGCGUCCGAGUCGGUACCGACCUCAGCGAUUUGCGACAGGCGGACUCAAACAGACUUUCAAAUUAUGCAAAAGUCAGCCAUCAAAAUGCACGCAAUCAGUAGGGACGCAAUGCCAUCUCUCCUCGGGAUUGAUCGGCACGAUCUCGAUAGCCGAUCUACAACUCUUUCACCAUUACACCAUCGAGACCUACCGAACAAUGACAAGCGAUGGCGAUCCGAGACGUAUAUGGCAAAAACACCUCGUCGAAUGGGGUAUCGAGUUUCCAUCAAUAUUACACCUGAUCUUGGCUCUAUCAGCCCUUCACCUAGCACACGAGCAACCCACACUUCGAGACCAAUAUCUCCAACAAGCUGAUGACCACUUCACGUUUGGAAUCCGAUCAGUCACGAGUGUCCUCUCGCAACUCAAUGCCGGAAAUUGCCAAAAGAUCUACAUGUCCGCCAUUCUCAUAUGCUUCAUCUACUUCGGCAGAGGUCCACGGUCCAAUGAAUAUCUUGUCUUCAGCGCCAGUGGGCCAGCCGAAUGGUUAAUGUUGAUGCGCGGAGUCAGAUUGAUUGUGACAUCUCACCGUGCGGGAGUGUUUAGUGGGCUUCUCGAACCGAAAGCUGAUGAUCGAAGUCAUGAUCUGACACCGGAAAUGCGCAGUGAAUUACACGAGCAUACCGUCCACACUGAAGCAGUACAACGUCUCAUUGAACGGGAUAUACCAGACGAGGGAGAUCUUGGAAGACAUUUGGCUGCCAUCAAGAAUCUUCUCGAAAUUAUGCGUGAAGUGUACGAGAGACGAUCUGCGGGUUCUUCGGGCGUGGAUUUAAUGGAUCUCUUGAUCGGAUGGGUGUAUCGACUUUCUGAGGAGAUGGUGGGAUCUUUAGAGCGCAAGGAACCAUACGCCCUUGUCAUACUGGCGCACUGGGCGGUGCUCCUGAAAUAUAUGGACUCGGCGUGGUUCAUGAGCGGUUGGGCCGAACAUGUGCUCUCAGGUAUCUCCACCUCUUUGGACGAGGAAUUCCGUUCAUGGAUUGAGUGGCCGAUGAAACAGCUUCAUCAAAUUCAGCUAGAAUAG